UGCUGGAGACUGGACUUUAGAGAAAUGAUGCUGAUCUUUGGACUGAUGCUGCUGCUGCAAACUGCUGCAUGUCUGGAUCGGUUCUGCAGGUUUGAUCAAUCUGAUCCCUGUUACGCAGCUCUGGGAGACAAACUCAAUCUGCUGACGGUGCUGGACGCUAGAGAAUAUGACCUGAAGUUACAUCACAGAAUAAAUAACACGCAAGAUGAUCCAGUUUGUAGAGUAAAGAAUGGCAGGAUAAAGGAGAAAGAAUGUGAUCUUUAUAAUAACAGACCUGAAGUGACCAUCAUUAAUGGGACUGUGGUAAUAAACCGUGUGAUCAGAGCAGAUUCUGGGAAUUACAGAUUAAGACUCACUAACUCAGACGGCACAGAAACAUCUAGAGAUCUUCAAGUGAUUGUUGAAGCUCCUAUUGGCUCAGUGGAAGUGUCAAUCAUCUGCUCCUCCAAUCAGAGGUCAGUGUUCUGCUCCUCUGAGGGGGAUCAGCUCCUCUACAGCUGGACUCUGAAUGGAGAUCCACUGAUGGAUGGAAACACCACCAUUCAGCUAAAUGAAGGAACUGAUGGAGACAUCAGCUGCAGCGUGAAGAACCACGUCAGUCACGCACAGAAGACCAUUAGACUAGUCUGUCCUACUGGACCAACUACUGCAGCUGUGACCUCUAGUUUGACCUCUACGUCGACACAGACAUCAGAAUAUGAUACGAGUUUCUCAGCUGGAGAUACAGAGCUCAUAUACGCUGAUAUCUCUCAUGAGAAAAAGGGUGAAAAGGAGAAUACAGGUAAGAAACUCAAAGAAGUUUAG